AUGAGCCCAAAGAAAGUGCUUCUGAGUGGCUCAGCAGAUGGAAAGAUCUCGGCUCUUUUCAAGAGGGUUUCUGCAGUGAACAAAUCCAAUGGCCCUUUCGACAUGCUUCUGUGCACUGGCAGAUUUUUCCCAGAGGCUGGACCAUCCGAAGACGACAGUGAAAAGGACACAGAAAUACUGGACUACGUCAGCGGUGCAAAAGAAGUCCCACUCCCCACAUACUUCAUAGGCUCCUUCGGGCGGGGCGCUGCUCAUGCCAUUGAGUCCCUCAGCAGCGCAGACAUAUCCGCUGCAGUGCAUUACCUUGGGCGAUCUGGGAUCAGACAGCUCCAUGGCCUGAAUGUGGCGUACCUUGAUGGGACCCACAAUGCACAAGCCUUUCAGGACGAUUGCUGUCAUGCGCAGGGGGAUGUGAGGGCGUUGGAGCAGGCUGUGGACAAAGCAGAAGGGGAUGUGGACAUCUUCAUCACCUGUGAAUGGCCUGCAGAUGUCACAGCAGCUGUGCCGCCGGGCUCAGCACCUGCAGAUGCUGGCAGCACAGGGUCUGAGGUGGUGGCCAGCCUGGCGACCAAGGUGCGGCCGAGGUACCACGUUUGCGGCGGCAAGGAUGUCUUCUACGCCCGCCCGCCCUACCUCAACAAAGACCUCGGCGCGGGCGCGCAUGUGACACGGUUCAUUGGGCUGGGAUCCGUGGGGAACGCGGCCAAGGCGAAGAGCCUGCAUGCGCUGGCGCUGGUGCCGGCUGCGGAGAUGGACGUAGCCACGCUGACUCAGCGGCCGGAGGGCACCACGCCCUGCCCUUACGAGCUGCCCAGCACCUCCAAGCGGCCCUUGCCCGGUGCCGACGAGGAUCUGGGCGAGCAGGUCCGCCCACUUGGUUUGGCACACCCUCCUUGUGCAAUCAAUGACACCUGCAAGGCAACAGGAGAGACGCUUGAAGCCUGCCAUGCAAGAAGCAGCAGCAAUACCACGCCCUGGGAACAGGCAGCGGAGCGCGCGUGCCAGCUGCAUGGCAGCGAGUUCAUGGGCCGCGAGCUCACAAUUGAUGUCAGCACCAGCGGCGCCCGCGCUCCCAGCGGCAAGCCCGUGGAGGGCUGCUGGUUCUGCCUGUCCAACCCUAACGCAGACGUCAACCUGGUCGCCAGCAUAGGAGAGGAGUGCUAUGUGGUGCUUGAUAAGGGCCCCAUUGUGGACAGCCAUGUGCUGGUGCUGCCUGUGGAGCACUACCCGUCCCAGCUGUCCCUGUCCGCCUCAUCCUUUGCAGAGAUGGAGCGCUACCUGUCCGCCCUGCAGUCCUGCUUCGCCUCCCAGCUGUUCGCGUUUGAGCGCUACAUGACGUUCAGGAAGUCGGGCGGCAACCAUUGCCAGUUCAACGUGCUGCCCGUUUCGGCCAAGGCCGCCGCCGGCGCGCGCAGCACUGUGGAGCAGCUCGCGCGCGACCACGGAGUGCCCCUGCAGCCCCUGGACGGCCCCUCCAAGGCUGGCAGGGAGGUGCUGCGGCAGGCGGUGGGGGACGGUGAGUACUUUGUCGCGCUGCUGCCGGACGGCAGCCGCCUGGUCCACGCCAUCACCCGCGGCGACAAGCACCCCCUCAACUUUGGCCGCGAGGUGGCGGCAAGCCUGGCCGGUGCACCAGACAGGGCGGACUGGAAGAAGUGUGCAAGCAGCCCAGCAGAGGAGGCCGACCGCACCGCCAAAUUCAAAAAGCUCUUCAAACCGUAUGACAUCAUGCAGUGA